AUGCCGGUGAUGGAAACUUUUCCGGAUACACUGGAACAAGAUUUGGUUUGGUCCGAUCCGAAACUGGAUAUAAGGGGUUUCGAGCCCAACAAACUACGAAAUGUGAGCGUCUCAUUUGGCGAGGAUGUUGUGCAUAAAACAUGUAGGCGCUUGAAACUGGAUCUCAUCAUCCGAGCACAUCAGGUGAUGGAAAAUGGAUAUGGAUUCUUUGCAGGCCGAAAAUUGGUUACAGUAUUCUCGGCACCACUUUAUGCUGAGCUUGUA